CUCCAGGUUUCAAUAUAUCGAUCUAUCUCAAAUCCCUGGAUACCCGCCCUGCCACAAUCCUGGCACAUUGCCUGAAUCGGAUCAAUGGCGCGCUCCUUUCCGACCAUCAAGCAUGUCCGCACUUUCCUCAUCCAGGGCGUCGGCUCCGGGGGCGACUAUCACAACGUCAAGGGCGGCCAUUGGCUGAUUGACUCCAAGAUCUCCACUCCAAUGUCUAGUUAUGAGGAGUAUCGCAAGUCGCGCACGAGCUGGGGCAUCAAUGUCCUGGGCUCGUUCUGCGUCGAACUGGAGGCUUCGGAUGGCACCAAGGGCUUCGCAACGGGCUUCGGGGGCCCGCCGGCCUGUUGGCUGGUAGCAGAGCAUUUCGAGAGGUUUCUGCUUGGAGCCGACCCCCGCGACACAAACCACCUCUUCGAGCAGAUGUACCGUGGCUCAAUGUUCUACGGCCGCAAAGGCCUGCCCGUUGCCGUCAUCUCCGUUAUUGACCUCGCCCUCUGGGACCUACUCGGCAAGAUCCGCAACGAACCCGUAUACAAACUCAUCGGCGGCGCAACGCGUACGCGUCUCGACUUCUACUGCACUGGGCCUGAGCCCACAGCCGCGCAAUCCAUGGGAUUCUUCGGCGCCAAGGUGCCCCUGCCCUACUCCCCUGGCGAAGGAUUUGCGGGCAUGAAGAAGAACGUAGAAUUCCUGCGCGCACAUCGAGAAGCUGUAGGACCGGAUUUUCCUAUCAUGGUCGACUGUUACAUGAGUCUGAACGUGUCGUAUACGAUCGAGGUUGUGGAGCGGUGCAAGGAUCUCAAUAUCAACUGGUGGGAGGAGUGUUUGUCGCCCGAUGACACGGACGGCUUCGAGCAGAUUAAGCGUGCACAUCCAACUGUAAAGUUUACCACAGGCGAACACGAGUAUUCGCGAUAUGGCUUCAGGAAGCUGAUUGAGGGCCGCAAUCUGGACAUCCUACAGCCUGACGUCAUGUGGGUAGGUGGUAUGACAGAAUUGCUCAAGGUCGCAGCAAUGGCAGCAGCAUACGAUAUUCCGGUCGUGCCCCACGCCUCGGGUCCGUACUCGUAUCACUUCGUCGUGAGUCAGGCGAACUCGCCGUUCCAAGAGUACCUGGCAAACAGCCCAGAUGGGAAGAGCGUACUGCCUGUGUUCGGCAAUUUGUUCACCAACGAGCCGAUCCCGACAAAGGGGUAUCUGGACGUUAGUGAGCUAGACAAGCCUGGCUUCGGUCUGGAGAUCAAUCCACAAGCACGCUUGAUAAACGCUGCCGGCAUCCUCAGCCCCGCUCCUCAGAAGGCACUUAAGCCAGCACAAGAGACUGAAGAGUCGAGACCUGAGGGCAUCAAUGGUGAUGUAACUUCACGACCCGCUACGAAUGGCAUUUCAUAAGAUCCGCAUAUUGGCCAUCUCUUUCCAUUCUUUGCACAUAUUACGACUGGACGAUUUAUGAGAAUUGGGUCGCUUAAUGACGCGGCGGAACAUACAUUCAUGAACAUAGAACAACAUUACCCAUAGCCAAAGAGAUUCAUGUCAGCAAGCCAUUCCCAUCAUGCAUUCAAGAUCUACACUUACGUUCUCCUUUAAUGACUCCACUGUGGCUCCCAUGUCAAU